UCUCCCCGGCUAUUAAGAUACUAUUUGGUGAGUAUAAAUCCAUGGAAAUGUGGCGCUAAUCCGUCUUCAGUCGCUUCUGAGUAGGUGGUUGCAGUACGAUGUUCGCUGGAGGUAUCUGGCGCCAGUGCUCCGCCACCACACACUUCAGGCGCUCUACUCUGUUUGACAUAUUUGACAUGCCCAGGCCAACCCUCCACUGC